AACCAUAAUUUCCAAAAGAAAUAAAAUAAAAUGCAAAACAAAGUAGAGGAAGAAGUCUUAGAAUAACUGAAUAAAACGAAUUCAACUCUUUCUCUCUUUAUGUAUGUGUAUACAUAUAUAAGUAUAAAGGGUGAGAAAGUCCAGUAGUGUAGCUUCUAUUGCAGCUAGCUCUAUCAUCCAUGGCUACCCACGCAGCUCUAGCUUCUUCAAGAAUCCCAACCAACACAAGGCUUCCUUCCAAGGCCAACCACUCUUUCCCCGCACAAUGCUUCUCUAAGAGACUGGAAGUUGCUGAAUUUUCUGGGCUGAGAUCCAGUUCUUGUGUAACCUUUGCCAAGAAUGCCAGAGACUCUUCCUUCUUUGAUGUCGUGGCUUCACAACUUACUCCUGUGACAGCAGGAUCAUCCGCACCUGUUAAAGGAGAAACAGUGGCCAAAUUGAAGGUAGCAAUCAACGGGUUUGGACGCAUUGGGAGGAACUUCCUCCGCUGCUGGCACGGCCGGAAAAACUCACCCCUUGAUGUCAUUGUUGUCAAUGACAGUGGAGGUGUCAAGAAUGCUUCACACUUGCUGAAAUAUGAUUCAAUGCUGGGGACCUUCAAAGCUGAUGUGAAAAUUGUGGACAAUGAGACCAUUAGCGUUGAUGGGAAACCCAUCAAGGUGGUCUCUAACAGGGACCCUCUCAAGCUUCCAUGGGCUGAGCUUGGCAUUGACAUUGUUAUUGAGGGAACAGGUGUGUUUGUUGAUGGCCCUGGAGCUGGGAAGCAUAUUCAAGCUGGUGCCAAGAAAGUGGUCAUCACUGCUCCAGCAAAAGGUGCUGACAUUCCCACCUAUGUUGUCGGAGUUAAUGAACAGGAUUACGACCACGAUGUUUCCAACAUCGUCAGCAAUGCUUCUUGCACCACAAACUGUUUGGCUCCUUUUGUGAAGGUCUUGGAUGAGGAGUUUGGCAUUGUGAAGGGAACCAUGACAACCACUCAUUCCUACACAGGAGACCAGAGACUGUUGGAUGCAUCACACAGAGACUUGAGGAGAGCAAGAGCAGCAGCACUGAACAUAGUGCCAACAAGCACAGGUGCAGCGAAGGCGGUGUCACUGGUGCUGCCUCAGCUGAAGGGGAAGCUGAACGGCAUUGCCCUCCGUGUGCCUACACCCAACGUCUCGGUGGUUGAUCUAGUCAUCAAUGUGGAGAAGAAAGGAAUUACAGCAGAAGAUGUAAAUGGUGCUUUCAGAAAGGCAGCUAAUGGACCAUUGAAGGGCAUUUUGGAUGUGUGCGAUGCCCCUCUUGUUUCCGUAGACUUCAGAUGCACAGAUGUCUCUUCCACCAUUGACUCAUCCUUGACCAUGGUCAUGGGUGAUGACAUGGUCAAGGUGGUUGCCUGGUACGACAAUGAAUGGGGUUACAGCCAAAGGGUUGUGGAUUUGGCACAUUUGGUGGCGGCCAAGUGGCCAGGCGCCCCAGCAGCAGGGAGCGGGGACCCAUUGGAGGAUUUCUGCAAGACAAACCCAGCUGACGAGGAGUGCAAAGUAUAUGAAGCUUAAUUAAACCAUCAAUUACAUAUCAUGUGGUCAUCCUUUUUUUUUUUUUUUUUUGGGCUAAUUGUCUUACAGGGGGACCAAAUGGAGCUUACUUUGUUCCCAAUGAAAGCUGAGGAGAGGGACUAAAAUCUUUUGUCAACUUUACCUAUUAAUUUAAUAAGCUGUCCAAGAUUGAUUCUAAGGCA